UAACUGAACUGUGUUACGUACGCGAACUCCUUUGAGCUCUCUCUCUCUUUCUAUCUCUCUUUCUCUUUCUCACCCUUCUUCCUCUCCGAUCCGAAACCCACAGCCCAAACCCACCCCCUUCGACAGAUCUUCUUUUCUCCACGCGUUCCACAAAAUUUCCCUAUCCUCUGGAUCGCAUAUUCUCUCUCUCUCCCUCUCUCUCUCUCUUCCUCUUCGCAGCUUUCUACAAUUGCUUCUCUAGGGUUUCUACGAGGCAACUCAUUUCCCAGUUAUAUCUGUAGGCCUUUCAAUUGGCUUGAAUGACCGUGUGGCGGCAACUAGGCUAUGACUUCAAGCAUGUUGAACGGGGAGCGAAGAUGGGCCUCUUCCAGAAGAGGUGGUAUGACUGUUUUAGGGAAAGUUGCAGUUCCAAAACCUAUCAACUUACCCAGUCAGAGGUUAGAAAAUCAUGGUCUUGACCCCAAUGUUGAGAUUGUCCCCAAGGGUACCGUCAGCUGGGGUAGUAGAUCAUCUUCUGCAUCAAAUGCAUGGGGGUCUUCUUCUCUGUCCCCAAAUACUGAUGGUACUAGUUCACCCAGUCACCUCAGUGCUCGUCCAUCAUCUGGUGGAAGUGGUACACGGCCUUCUACUGCUGGUAGUGAUAGGGCUCUUGAGCCUACUGGUAAUGCAUGGGGGUCAAAUUCUCGGCCUUCAUCAGCAUCUGGGGCACUGCCAACGAAUCAGUCUUCACUGACACCAUUGCGUCCUCGCAGUGCAGAAACAAGACCUGGUAGCUCACAGCUGUCUCGAUUUGCUGAACCCUUGAAUGAAAAUUCAGUUGCUUGGAAUGCUGCUAGGACCACAGAGAAACUGGGAGUUACACAACCCAAGAAUGAUGUAUUUUCCCUGAGCUCUGGAGACUUUCCAACCCUUGGUUCUGAUAAGGACAAGUCUAUCCUGAAUUCGGAGUUACUAGAUCACAGUUCUCAUGCUCGCCCUGGCUCAUCUUCUGGGCCCAUGAAAGAGAUAAAUGAAACCUCUGUUGUUGAUGAAGUUACUGUAAAUGCAAAUAUGAAGGGCGGAACUGUAAAUUCUUGGAGAAGAGAUUACCAGGCUUACAACGAGGAUGGUGUGAGGCCUGGCAUAGAGAAAUGGCAGGGAAAUUCCCAGUCUUACCCUAAUGCUGGUAUUCCACCCCAACAUUAUGAUGCUUGGCAUGGCCCUCCAGUAAAUAAUCCUCAAGCUUGUGUUUGGUUCAGGGGUCCCCCCGGUGGUCCUCCAUUUGGAAAUCCUGUUGCUCCAAGUGGCUUUCCAAUUGAACCAUUUCCAUAUUAUCGUCCACAUAUCCCGCCUACUGGUCUUGCCAACCCCCCACAAGUUCCCCCUCCUGGGACUGCACCAAGAGGACACCAUAAGAAUGGAGAUGUGUACAGGCCUCAUAUGCCUGAUGCCUAUAUUCGUCCAGGCAUGCCUAUCAGACCUGGCUUUUUUCCUGGUUCAGUGGCCUAUGAGGGGUAUUACAGUCCUCCAAUUGGCUACUGCAAUUCAAAUGAACGAGAUGUUCCUUUCAUGGGAAUGGCUGCUGGACCCCCUGUUUAUAAUAGGCACCCAAAUCAAAAUCCCCCUGAACCUGGGAGUUCACAAGGUAGAUCUGGUGGAUAUGUUGUUGCUGGGAAGCACUUGGCCUCGGAGCAAGUGGAAUCUAGUCUUCCUCCUGAUACUGCUGGACCAUACAGAGUUCUUCUUAAGCAACACGAGUCCGACAGAAAAAAUGAACCAGUACAUUGGGAGGAUUCAGAGACAACCAAUGCAGCAUAUGUUAAUGGCAGGGACCAACCAAGAAUGGCAGUUUGGGAGAAUGAGCGGAGAUCAGAUUACAUAAAGAACGAGAUGGAUUUGAGUAAAAGUGCUCAUGGUGAAGAAGCUUCUUCUCAGACUUCACAAGUUCAAGUAUCUAGUUCUUCUGUCAUUAAGGCCAAAUUUCCUGAAAGUUCAGGAAACAUCAAGAAAUCUGAUGAUAUUUCAGCAAGGAAAUUUGAUGGUGCUCCCUCUGAUAUGCUAGAAAUCCCCCAAAGGCCAUCUGCUCCAAAAGAUGCCAGUCUGAUUCAGAAGAUAGAGGGUUUAAAUGCAAAAGCCAGGGAUAAUUCAUCUGCUAGAAAUAGAGAGGAACAGAGGAAUAAAUUUCAUGGUGGUAAUUCUCCUGUAAACCAUGUGGUAAAUGAAGUUGGUGUUGAUGUUUUGUUUCCUGCAAGAACCCAUGCCAAUGAAGUUAUAAAUCCAGCCCAUCGUGAAUUGGGUGCUUCUGGUGCAGAAAAGAAUUUUGAAUCCUUGUCUUCCAGUGGAACAGCCACAUCCAGGCGAACUGCUCAUGGCAUGCAAGGUAGAGGUGAUCAUCGUAACAGGGGAAGAUUAAACAAUCAAGAUGCUGAUGGUUGGGGAAAGAAAUCUGUUGUUGAAGAUUCUUCAGCUUCAUCAGGGGAACUGUUGGAAGCAUCUAAUGUUCUUGUGGGUGACAAUCGGAUAUCUGUUGAGACCUACGAUAGGUCUGGGUCAUAUAACCAAGCAAGGCACGAUGGAGAAUCUGUACAAAGGCACGAUGGAGAAUCUGUUCAAACCAUGUCUGAUCCUGCUGACAGCCAUGAACAGCGUGCCAAAAUGAGAGAGUUGGCUAGGCAACGGACUAAGCAACUGCAGGAAGAAGAGGAGGAGCGGACAAGAAAGCAAAAGGCUAAAGCUCGUGCUAAGUUGGAUGAGUUAAACAGGCGUUCUCAAGCAGUGGAAGGGUCAACCGAGAAAGAGUAUGCUACAAGUACUGCUAUCCAGAAUAAGCAAGAGGAAUUACAACCUUCUGAUACAGUUGCUGUAGCAGGCAAAUCUGGAGUGGUCAGUUCAGAUGUAGAUUGUAAUGCCAAUGUUGUCAGGCCAAUUAAUGAUACCAGCAUAAAUAAAGUGGAAAAAUCGCCAAUCUUGUCCAGUGCGCCACCUUUAGAGAUGCUCAAGAAUUCUGGCAAAGAUCUUGCUUUUAAUCAUAAUCAAUCAGUGACCUUGCACCAGGAUGUUAACAGUGCUGAUGCCGCUAAACCUUUACAAGUUCACGAGAAUAUUGCCUCAAAGCAGAAGCGAAUGAGCUAUAAACAAAAGCAGAAUCUUCCUUUAGAGAAACCAUACAGGGAUAAGGUUGUUUCUACCACCUCAACUGCCCCAAAAGUUCAGAAUGAGACAAUGGUUAAUGUUUCUCUGUCAUCUGGCGUUGUUACAAAUGAAGUUGGUUUAGCCAGUGGCUCUGACUUACCCAUUAAUUCAAUUGCUAUGGUUGAGUCUUCAGUAAACCAGAAAAAGAAGAAUAACAGGAAUGGCAAAAACAAACACAAAGUUGAAGAAAGUUCAUCUCUGGCUGCACUACCAUCUGCAAUACCAAAAGAAGCCAAUCUUUCCAAAAGUUCUUUUGAAAGUGAUAAGUCCAAGGCUUCUGACUCUGAGUUAGAUCAGGGCCCAAAUCAGCCAGAACCCUUGUCUAAAGAUCCAAAUCAGUUUUCAGAGCAACGCAGGUAUUUAGCAAAUGAGGAAUCCCAUGGUAGAAUGAAUAGCCAGUGGAAAUCACAGCAUUCUCGUAGGAUGCCAAGAAAUAUGCAGGCUAAUAGACCAGCAGAGAAACUCCAUGGGAGUGAUGCUGUCAUGUGGGCACCUGUUAAAGCACAGAACAAGACUGAGGUCAUAGACGAAUCAAGUGAGAACAGUAAAAUUGAGGCAAUUAAUCCUGUAAAGAAUGAUCAGCAGGUGCAUAAUUUAAAAAAUAAGAGGGCAGAAAUGGAGAGAUAUAUUCCAAAACCUGUUGCAAAAGAAAUGGCUCAGCAAGGAAGCAUACAACAGGUGGCUUCAUCAAUCAGUCAGGAUCCUGCUGAUGAUAGUGUUGGAAGAGUUGAUUCUGAUUUGCAGGGCCCCGAUGUUGCUCAGCAUACUAAUUUAGUUGUUGGAAGAGUGGGCUCUGCAAUGGAGUCUAAAAAUAGAGAUGGAAGACAUACUAAGCAGGGAAAAGUCCAUGGAUCAUGGCGGCAACUAAAUCUAACAGAAUCAACUAAUGUGCAUGAGAUGCAGGAUGGACUGGACCAUGAUUUAGACUCUGAACCAAAUGUUCCGAGACCUCAUGAUCAUAAGUCUGAAAAAGGAAAAUCUAAGCAUUUUAAUGAUGCUGGUGAUCUUGAUGGUUCAAACAAUCCCGACAAUCAUGAUUCAGGUGCUUUGGUUUCUGUUCCUGUCAUUAAAGAUCAAGCAGCAACAAUCAGAGGAAGGCGGGCUCCUUUCAGAGGACAUAAGGGUGUAGGGGUGAACCAUGAUGUUGAUCGUAGAAAAAAUGUUGGGGAGACACAGAAAAUUGAAACACUUACCUCAUCCUCUGAGCAUGGUCAACCAGUUGUUGGUGCUGCUUUUAAAGAUAGUCGAGGUUUGACAUCUCAAUGGCAACCCAAAUCUCAAGCAUCUAAUAAUAAUCAGAGAGGAAACAGACCCAGUGAUCAGAAUGUUAGUUCAGUGGUUGUUGGAGCUAACCAAAAGGAUUCCACUCAUGAUGGUGAAUCUCUUCCAGCAGGCCAUGGCAAGAGUUCUAACACUCAUGGACCCCAACCCCACCAUGAUCAAUCAGUCGCUGAAAAGAGCAAGGCUGGAGAAGCUGCACUGGUUGGGAAUCAAGAGGCUAAAAAAGAGAGGAAAAAUGCUCCAGCAAAAAGGCGUCCGCACUCCCCAAGUCAGGUAGUUGUUAGCUUGGUUGAGCAGGCUCCAACAAGUGUGGAUAUUUUGCAUGAGCAACGCCCAUCAUCAGGGUUUGGGAAAAAUGGAAACCAAAAUCGUUCUGGAAGAGGACAUGAAACUCGUGGAGAUUUGAAAUCACCUGCCCUAGAUUACAGACAUCAUCAUAACCAACCUUCAAACCGAGAAAGGCAGGGCUCAAACUUCCAUUAUGAGUAUCACCCUGUUGGGUCAUAUGAUGACAGCAAAUUGGAGAACUUUGAACGACCUAAACAUGGUAACCAUGGUGGUGGAAGAUUUAGGGAGAGAGGACAAACUCAUUCACGACGAGGUGGGGGAAACUCUUAUGGACGCCAGGGUAGUGUUGAUUAGAUGCUGUGUUAAUCAGUAGUGGAGAGACUUUCUUAAGGUGGUCAUCUGUGUGCUCCAUCAGAAGCCAUACAUCCAGUAACUGUGCUGGUUUGUUCAGCUGUGUUUUCAGCAGGGUUAGGAGCGACGAAGAUGAUGCCCCUGUUUUUUUGGGGGGCUGGGGGAAGAAAAGGUUUGAUUGUUAGUGCCUUGUGGUUUAUUGUUAUUUUUCUAAUGUAUCUGACUGAAAAAUAGUAAUUUGAUGGCAUUUUGUUUCUUGAAGAAGUAUGGAACAAUUGACAUGUUUCAACGAUUAUUACUAGGGAUAACAGGGACACCAAGGAGAGAUUUUAUGUAAUUGUUUUCCACGGUGCACUUUUCCUCGUCAUUUUUGUGCUGGAAUAUAUGCCAAAUGUGCUCAAGUGUAUGCUCAGUCUGAGUCAAUUAUUAUUUGAAUCAAGAUAAUGACCAGUCCAUAGUUGAUCAGAGGAGUAAGCUAAUAAGUAAUGUUUUUAGUUUUUCUUUGUUUUUUCGGUUUUUUCUCUUUCCUGGUGUGCGUUUGGAGGAUUGGGGUUUGAAAAGUUAAUGGAUCUUUUGGUUCAGUAUUGUUUAAACUGGACUAAGACCAUUAACGGGCGAUAUUUUUGGUUAACAGGUCGAGGUGGAU